ACCUUCAAUUUUCCAUUGACGCCUUACGCAGACAACAAGCUCUCUCUCUCCCUCUCUCUCUCUCUCUCUCUCUCACCAAUCUAGAGAGAGACACAUAUACAUACAUACAUAGAGAGAGAGAAUGGGAAAUGAUGGGAAGAAGAGAUUUGCAGUUCUGCUAUGCGCAGAAGACUCGGAUUACGUGAAGAAGAAAUACGGAGGGUAUUUUGGGGUUUUUGUGCAAAUGCUGGCGGAGGAAGGCGAGACAUGGGACGUGUAUCGCGUCGCCGCCGGCGAUUUCCCCGACGACGGCGACAUCGCAGCCUACGACGGCUUCGUCAUCACCGGAAGCUUCAGCGACGCCCAUGGCGACGAUCUCUGGAUCCGUGAUCUCUUGAUUCUUCUCAAGAAAUUGAAUUCCUUCAACAAAAAAGUUCUAGGAAUUUGCUUCGGCCACCAGAUAUUGGGUCGUGCACUAGGUGGAAAAACUGGGAGGGCCAAGUCAGGGUGGGACGUUGGAGUGACUAAUGUUGAAUUAUCACCCUCAUCUUCAAAGCUCUUCGCUUCUCUCAAACUACCCGACCUCCUCUCCAUCAUCGAAUGCCACCAAGAUGAGGUAUGGGAACUUCCUCCAAAAGCAGAGGUGAUGGCAUGGUCUAACAAGACUGGGAUAGAGAUGUUCAAGUAUGGAGAUCAUAUUAUGGGCAUCCAAGGUCACCCUGAGUACACUAAGGACAUUAUUCUCCACCUCAUUGACCGUCUUCUCCACCACAAUCUCAUCAUGGAGUCUUAUGCUGAUGAGGUGAAGGCUAAUGUGGAGAAUCAUGAGCCACACAGGGAGGCUUGGAAAAAGCUCUGCAUCAGCUUUCUCAAGGGUAGAUUGUGGUGAUGAUUAAAUUUUAUGGGGGCAAGGAAAAAUAAAAAGGGGAGGUGGAAAUUGUAAACAUCAACUAUUUGGGGGCAGCUAAGGCAGAUUGAACAAUACUGCUCUGGUGUUUUAUGAACUGAAAAUUGGCAAUGCCAACUUUUUAUAUUUCUCUCUUUAUUUCGACACCCUUUUAUCGCAUAUAAACAGUAUCAUUUUGCUGAUCAA